GCUGCCAGGGAGGGGACCGGGGUCCGAGGGCCGGGGGGUCUGACCGCUGCUCCGCCCGGCCUCAGACCCUACUGCCCCGGACGGGCGCGCGGCUGCGCGGGGAGCUGCGGGUGCAGGCGCGGGUGCCCGGGGCGAGCCCCGAUGCAGAGCCGGGAUUCCCGGAGCCCGGGCCCCACCUGGGCGUUGGAGCCAGCCUCGAUUUACCCCUUCUGGAAGAGGACCCGCCGGCCUGUCCGGGUGGCGGGAAAGACCUUGUCCAAGCGCGCAGUAAGGCGGAGAAGAUCUGCUGCGUGCGAGCCUGCUUGGAGCCUGAGAACCAGCCGCCAAGAUGGGCGAGAGGAAAGGAGUGAACAAAUACUACCCCCCGGAUUUCAACCCUGAGAAGCACGGCUCCCUCAACCGCUACCAUGGCAGCCACCCGCUGCGAGAGCGGGCUCGGAAGCUGGCCCAGGGCAUCCUCAUCAUCAGGUUUGAGAUGCCAUACAACAUCUGGUGUGAUGGCUGCAGGAACCACAUUGGCAUGGGGGUCCGCUACAACGCGGAGAAGAAGAAGGUGGGCAACUACUACACGACCCCCAUCUACAGGUUCCGCAUGAAAUGCCACCUGUGUGUCAACUACAUCGAGAUGCAGACAGACCCCGCCAGCUGUGACUACGUGAUCGUCAGUGGUGCCCAACGCAAGGAAGAGCGCUGGGACAUGCAGGACAACGAGCAGGUGCUGACCACAGAGCACGAGAAGAAGCAGAAGCUGGAGACCGACGCCAUGUUCCGGCUGGAGCACGGCGCAGCCGACCGCGGGACCCUGCAGAAGGCGCUGCCCACCCUCAGCCACAUCCAGGAGGUGCAGAGCGCGUGGCGGGACGACUUCGCCCUCAACAGCCUGCUGCGGAGGAGGUUCCGGGAGAAGAAGAAGGCGCAGCAGGAGGAGGAGCAGCGGGACCAGGCGCUGCAGGCCAAGGCCAGCCUGGCCAUCCCGCUGGUGCCCGAGACCGAGGACGACCGCCGGCUGGCGGCGCUGCUCAAGCUACACACCCUGGACUCCUACGAGGAUAAGCAGAAGCUGAAGAGGACAGAGAUCACCCAUCGCUCUUGGUUCAGCCCCUGCCCAGGUCCAGGUGGCGGCAGCAGAGCCAGCAGCGGAGUCCUGAAGAAACUGGUCCAGGCCCGCCGCGCGGCACCCCCCAGCAGCCCCGUUGCUCCGUGCCAACUGGGCAUCGUGCGCCGGCCACCCCGGGACGUGCCUGAAAGCCUCCAGGCCCCAGCCGGGACCCCUGAGUCAGGGGACCAGCCCGAGGAGACCGCGCAGGACAGGUCCACAACCCCCCCAGACUGCCACCAGGAAACUUCCCAGACCCCCAAGACUGGCGGGCUGGAGGGGGACUGUCUGCAAGGGACCCCUGCAAGGGCGUCCGAGCCCCAGGACCCGCAGCACCACCACAGCUUCGGCUCCUCCCUUGUGGCUGACUACUCGGACUCAGAGAGCGAGUGAGCCUCUGCCGGGUGCCCCCCAAACGCCAGCGCGCUCUGCACACCCACAGCGGCCCGCAGCUCCACUGUUGCACCUUGAAGCUUGGACCUCGCCUCCCUGUAGUGAUGGAGUUUUAUUUAUUUGGUCUGGGGCUGGGGGCUAGGGGU